AUGACAACAAAACUAAUUGAAGUUGACAGCCUUGACAUUCAUGUCUUGAUCAAUGAUGAGAUUGACCAAAUCUCGCCGAGCCCAAGCCCUCGGGUCCAGCAUGCCCAAUCCUUCGCCGGUGUCCCGUUGAGCCCCGUGUCAGACCCCAGCUCUCGAGGAGGAGCUGGGUUGGAAAUGCCAAUGCGAAAUAUCUGUUGUGGCGCUCAUGGUCUGUCCUUGUUUAUUACGACGAAAAAGGGCGAUAAAUCUCACACGCUACUUUUCGAUGCCGGGCCCGAGGAAGACAUUUUCGAGAAAAACGUCCAGAGGCUCAAGCUGCCGAUGACUGAGAUUGGUGCUAUUGUUCUUUCGCAUUGGCACAGAGAUCACUCUGGCGGGCUUCUCUCGGCGAUUCGGCUCGCUAGCAAAGGGAGGUUAGGCGGCGAUAACGUUGUUGUUGCGCUUCCUCCAGAUAAGCCAGCGUUCAGAGGAAUCAUGUUCGACCAACCCAUCUCGCUAGAGGCAGACCCCACCACGGAUGAGAUCAACAGUGCUGGUGGCAAGACAGUUAUGUUGGAUGAAACACUUACUAUCCUCAAUGAUAGCUUUCUCAUAUCUGGAGAGAUUCCACGCCAGACAGACUAUGAAGGUGGCAUCCCGGGUGGUGUUCGAUAUGACCCAGCCAAGGAUGAAUGGAUCAAGGACGAGUUGAUCAUGGAAGAGAGGUUUGUCAUGUGCAAGCUCAAAGACAAGGGCCUGGUCAUCUUCACUGGCUGCAGUCACGCAGGCCUCAUCAACAUUGCCAGACAUGCGAAAACCAUCGACGAUAGCCCUAUCUACGCCAUCGUCGGCGGCUAUCACCUCGCAGAUGCGUCACCUGAUAAGAUGGAGCAGAGCAUGGAGGAUCUCAAGGAUCUCGAGCCGGCUUUGCUGAUGCCGGGACAUUGUACUGGAUGGAGGUUCAAGGGACUUGUUGAGAGGGAAAUGCCAGGUCAAAUGGCUCCUAUAUUUGGUGGAACAAAGUAUACACUGUAA